AAAAGACUUUAUCUGGUUCAGAUAUCGCUCUGUCUAAGGGAGUUGCCAUAAUGAAUUAUUCAGUGAGAAUUUGGGAGAGAAAGGAAGGUGAAGAGGCAAAAUGGUAGCAGGUGAUGAACAAAGAUUACUGUGGAACAGAGUUUCGGGAAAAUGGAUCCAGACAAAAACUCAAUUACAUAAUGAAAACGAUCCUGUUUCACUGUUAAAGCUUCUAGUAAUCCAUUAGAAUAAGUCCCUAACCUAUAAAUCACCUUUUAUUGCAUCCUCAGGUGAUGAUCGAAAAUCCUAUGAAACUUCCAGUAACUAGUUUCUUCCUUUUUUAGUUAAGAAAAAGAGUGGCCAAAAGAAAUCCUCCCCUUUGUUAUAGGUCUUAUUAGGUAUAAAUAGGUGUUCUUGCAAAGUUUGUAGUGUAGUUACAUUUAGUAGUAGGAAGUGACAAGUUACUGGUUGUCAGUUACAGAAAGGUGCAGUUUGCCCAGAGACAAGAGGACCUAUCAGAAGCAAAGGAUCAGUAACCUCCAUUUUGAAAAUGUUGGGGACCCUUCCCCUAAUGACCAUGUAAUGGGGCACACGUUGUAGGUGUGUCGGAAAGUCUGUAACACCGAAAUACCUCAGCCAAUGGAGAAACGGGGAGGGACCUGCGUUUCGGGCAAAGGGGAUAAAAGAGGCUGCGACCUCUGUCAAGUGGAGAGACCUCAUUGGGGAUUGUCCAGUGAACUCUUCCUUUUAUUCGAAUAAAAGUUUUAGCUAGCUCCUCUGUCUCUUGGCUAUUUUUGAGGCUCUUAAUACCAGAAAUAUUUUUCGGAACAGUCUGAAAAAUAUCGGAAAUUACUAUAUGUAACCAAAUGCCUCGGAUAGCCCCCCAGCGGUUAGCUAUCGCUGCCACCCCGGGCCCUGCGGCCCCUGGAAGCCAGUGGGCCCUGGGCUCUCCCGAGUUUCAGGAGAGGAGAGAUCUCCUGUGACGUCUCUGAUGGCCUGUGGGCACGGCUUGAGGCCGCACCCUGGCCCAGCUCCUCUCCGUGCUGGGCGCCGGCCGCGCCAGGCCCUGAGAACCGCCUCCUCCCCGGGACCGCGGCGAGGGCCUCGGAGCGAGGACGCUGCUGUCUUGCACGUCUCCGGAAAGCGAUGGGGCGUCGCUGGACAGCUCCGGAGCGCAGCGCAGCGCCUAUGUUCUGGAGACGGCGCAGAUGUCCGGUCUCCCUCGACGAGAUGCGCCUCGUUUUGGUCCCCCCGACCAAUCGGCUGGACUCUACGGAAGCCGGGAUGGGCCCUUCGUGAAGGCAGCAGGCCUCUCCCCUGCCGACCAUAACGCACUGCGCAGGGUGCAUCACCACUACCUGGUGCUCCUGCGGCUUUAACGCCUCCGACAUGGAAACACCAUUGCAGUUCCAGACGGGCUUCUGCUCUGAGCAGCAGCAGCAGCAGCAGGGCCAGGACAAGCAGAGUCUUCUCCAGCAGCCACAGCAGCAGCAGACCCCAUGCCUCCAGUGCAACAACUGUACCUAUUAUGGGGCCGCUGUGGCAGCAGCGGGGGAUAACCUGCCCUCGCUGCUCUGCACUUCUUCGCCUCUCUCGGGCGCCCUCAGGACUCACUCCUCGCCGCUCUCCACUUCCGCCUCCUCCCGGCAGGGCAGCCAGUUGAACGUCAGCGAGCUCACCCCCUCCAGUCAUGCCGGCUCGUGCAGACAGCCCCACCAGUACCCCCAGUACCACCAGUGCCAUAGCCUGCAGCAGCAGCAAGCAGCCAGUCCCAGCAGCAGUGUCAGCAGCGGCAGCACCCACCAUCACCACUACCAGCAGCGUCGGGAGAGCAAUCCCUUCGCCGAAAUAGCCAUGAGCAGGUGCAGGUACAACGGCGGCAUCAUGCGGCCGCUCAGCAACCUGAGCUCAUCCCGCAGGAACCUGCACGAGCUUGACUCCGAGUCUCAGCCGCUCCAGCAGCCGCUCGUCGGCCCCAUAGCCGCUGCUCCGGAGAUCGUGGUCUCCAAGCCCGAGCACAACAACUCCAACAACCUGGCGCUCUACGGCUCCGGCGGCACGAACAACGGCGGGGGCAAGUCCAGCAAGAAGAAGAACCAGAACAUCGGCUACAAGCUGGGGCACCGCCGGGCGCUCUUCGAGAAGCGCAAGCGCCUCAGCGACUACGCGCUCAUCUUCGGCAUGUUUGGCAUCGUAGUCAUGGUGAUCGAGACAGAGCUGUCCUGGGGCGCCUACACGAAGGAGUCUCUGUAUUCCCUCGCUCUGAAAUGUCUUAUUAGCCUCUCCACGAUUAUCUUGCUUGGGCUCAUUAUUGUAUACCAUGCAAGGGAAAUUCAGUUAUUCAUGGUGGACAAUGGAGCAGAUGACUGGAGAAUAGCCAUGACUUAUGAGCGGAUUUUCUUUAUCUGCUUGGAAAUACUUGUAUGUGCUAUACAUCCCAUACCUGGGAACUAUACAUUCACAUGGACAGCCCGUCUUGCCUUUUCUUACACUCCAUCCACAACAACAGCUGAUGUGGAUAUUAUUUUAUCUAUACCAAUGUUCUUAAGGCUGUAUCUUAUUGCCAGAGUUAUGCUUUUGCAUAGCAAACUUUUCACCGAUGCAUCAUCUAGAAGCAUUGGAGCGUUAAACAAGAUAAACUUCAAUACCCGUUUUGUUAUGAAGACUUUAAUGACAAUAUGUCCAGGAACUGUACUGUUGGUUUUUAGUAUCUCAUUAUGGAUAAUUGCUGCAUGGACUGUCCGAGCUUGUGAAAGGUACCAUGAUCAACAGGAUGUUACAAGCAACUUCCUUGGAGCAAUGUGGUUGAUUUCAAUAACAUUUCUAUCCAUUGGAUAUGGUGACAUGGUACCUAAUACAUACUGUGGGAAAGGGGUCUGUUUACUCACUGGAAUCAUGGGUGCUGGGUGCACUGCACUGGUGGUAGCUGUGGUUGCAAGGAAGUUAGAACUUACCAAAGCUGAAAAACAUGUCCAUAAUUUCAUGAUGGACACCCAGCUAACUAAAAGAGUGAAAAAUGCAGCAGCCAAUGUACUCAGGGAAACAUGGUUAAUUUAUAAAAGUACAAAGCUGGUUAAAAAGGUAGACCAUGCAAAAAUAAGGAAACAUCAACGAAAAUUCUUGCAAGCUAUUCAUCAAUUAAGAAGUGUAAAAAUGGAACAAAGGAAACUGAAUGAUCAAGCCAACACUUUGGUGGACCUGGCAAAGACUCAAAACAUCAUGUAUGACAUGAUUUCUGACUUAAAUGAAAGAAGUGAAGAUUUUGAGAAGAGAAUUGUUACUCUGGAGACUAAACUGGAAGCUUUAAUUGGUAGCAUUCAAGCUCUCCCUGGACUGAUUAGCCAGACAAUCAGUCAACAACAGAAGGAUCUCCUUGAGACUCAAAUACAAAAUUAUAAACAUGUUGCCUACAGUGCUGAGCAAUCAUGGUCUUUGUCAAAAAGGAGGAGAUCCUCCUCCACAGCACCACCAACUUCAUCAGAGAGUAGCUAG